AUGCCGCAAGCUUUGACCAUGGAAGGCGGAACUAUGGAAAAUACCCUACCAAGAUUGGAUUUGAUGACAUCCAAGCUAAUAAAGAGGACAAUCUCCUGGGACAAGAUUCGAUUCGUCGUCGCCAACAUCGCUGACAUCGCCCAAUCACAAGCCCCCUUCCCCUCCUUCUCUCCCCUGUUCCCGAUCUCGUUGAGGAAAUUAAAAAUCGAAGCGGCGAGUGUGAGUGUGGAGAUGGUAAGGUCAGCGGCGGCCAUGGUCUCGAGAGACUCCCCUCUGUUUCUCCCUCUUCUUUCAAAUUUCACUAAUCCAAUAUCUCGAAUCGGGUUGGGGGUGUGGUGGCGGGGAGGAAGAAGAAGAUUCGGGAGCGAAGGUAGAGGAAAAAAUAGAGAAGCUGGCGGAGGGAGGAGGAGCAGCUGGGCUGGAGAAGGAGUAGGUCACGACGGCGGGGAGGUGAGGAGCGACAAGUCAGGGGUCCGACUUGGUCGCUGGAGAAGGAGUAGAUAA